CUGGGUCUGAUUGGCUCCCCGGCUCAAUUCCGCUGGGAGUCUCAUCCUACCUGGUUGGGAGGUGUACUGCCUUGCCACUGUCCCCCGCCGUACUCUCCUGGCUGCUGCCGAGGUGCGAGAAAAAGUCCUAGCUUGGAGAACUGAGCGGAAAAAGCGAUCCUGAUGGGUUCUUGGAAAGCUUUUCUCUUCUCCCCUUUUCUUCUGUGGAGUCAAAGUAGAGUGGUGAGGCUGAUGUUCUUGUUACUGACCCUGCAUCUGGGAAACUGUGUUGAUAAAGUGGAUGACGAAGAUGAUGAGGAUUUAACAGUGAACAAAACCUGGGUCUUGGCACCAAAGAUUCAUGAAGGAGAUAUAACACAAAUUCUCAACUCAUUGCUUCAAGGUUAUGACAAUAAACUUCGCCCAGAUAUAGGAGUGAGGCCCACAGUAAUUGAAACUGACGUUUAUGUAAACAGCAUUGGACCAGUUGAUCCCAUAAAUAUGGAAUACACAAUAGAUAUAAUUUUUGCCCAAACCUGGUUUGACAGUCGUUUAAAAUUCAACAGUACCAUGAAAGUGCUUAUGCUUAACAGUAAUAUGGUAGGGAAAAUUUGGAUUCCUGACACGUUCUUCAGAAACUCAAGAAAAUCUGAUGCACAUUGGAUAACAACUCCUAAUCGUCUGCUUCGAAUUUGGAAUGAUGGACGAGUUCUAUAUACUCUAAGAUUGACAAUCAAUGCAGAAUGUUAUCUUCAGCUUCAUAACUUUCCUAUGGAUGAACAUUCUUGCCCACUAGAAUUUUCAAGCUAUGGGUACCCUAAAAAUGAAAUUGAGUAUAAGUGGAAAAAACCUUCUGUAGAAGUGGCUGAUCCUAAAUACUGGAGAUUAUAUCAGUUUGCAUUUGUAGGGUUACGGAACUCAACUGAAAUUUCUCACACAAUCUCUGGGGAUUAUAUUAUCAUGACAAUUUUUUUUGACCUGAGCAGACGAAUGGGAUAUUUCACUAUUCAAACCUACAUUCCAUGUAUCCUGACAGUUGUUCUUUCCUGGGUGUCUUUUUGGAUCAAUAAAGAUGCAGUACCUGCAAGAACAUCACUUGGUAUCACUACAGUUCUGACUAUGACAACUCUGAGCACAAUCGCCAGGAAGUCCUUACCUAAGGUUUCUUAUGUGACUGCGAUGGAUCUCUUUGUUUCUGUUUGUUUCAUUUUUGUUUUUGCAGCCUUGAUGGAAUAUGGCACCUUGCAUUAUUUUACCAGCAACAAAAAAGUAAAGACUACUAGAGACAGAAAGCUAAAGAAUAAAAGCUCGGUGUCCCCUGGACUCCAUCCUGGAUCCACUCUGAUUCCAAUGAAUAGCAUUUCUCUGCCACAUGGAGAAGAGGAUUAUGGGUAUCAGUGUUUGGAGGGCAAAGACUGUACCAGCUUCUUCUGUUGCUUUGAAGACUGCAGAACAGGGUCAUGGAGGGAAGGAAGGAUACACAUACGCAUUGCUAAAAUUGACUCCUAUUCUCGAAUAUUUUUCCCAACAGCUUUUGCCCUGUUCAAUCUGGUUUAUUGGGUUGGCUAUCUUUACUUAUAAGUUCUAUUUACCAGGCAAAAAUCAUAAGAAGUUUAGCUGAAUCCAAUAUAAUCUAUUGCACUUAAGUAAUAUGAAGUUUAAAUUUAAAAUGCAGACAAACCAAUGGUUAAAAUGUAAAAGCAUUGUAACUAUUCUACAGAUUCAUAGAUAAAGUAGCAGCUUUCAUGUUAAUUACUUCACUGUAU